AUGGUCACAACAGCUGCCAGGGUAUACAACAGCACUAACACCAUGCACCCCAAUGGAAAACACACAUUGAAUUUGGAAGACCUUUAUCCAAUCGAAUAUCUAAACCAACUAACUUUUCCAGGAAUACCACCCCACAAGCUUCUACUUAAGGUGGACUGCCCGAUAAUGCUUUUAAGAAACAUAAAUCAGAAGGAAGGUUUAUGCAACGGUACUCGGAUGAUUGUUUCACAAUUGUUACCAACCCUUAUUGAAGCAACGAUCAUAACGGGCACCUCCAUCGAAAAGCGUGUGUAUAUACCACGCAUAAAGUUCAUACACAAGUCAUCAGAUUUACCAUUCGUCUUCUCACGCAAACAAUUUCCAGUGAAAGUUUGUUACGCAAUGACUAUCAACAAGAGUCAAGGUCAAUCGCUACGUAAGAUUGGAAUCUAUUUAUCACAGCCCGUGUUUGCGCAUGGACAACUUUAUGUUGCCCUCUCCCGAGCAACAUCACCAGAUUCGAUAAGGAUAUUGCUAAACAAGACUGACACAUGUAAAAACAACGAAACAAAAAAUGUUGUCUACAAGGAAUUACUACACAAAGUUAAUACAACUGAGGUCUACAGUAUCACUGCAUGUCCAACCUUUCAACAUCAUUACUACUUUUCAUUUUAA